AUGGAUCCCCACCUCUACCUCACCAACAUGCCCACCCCUCAACCACCAUCAACCCCCAGAAGAAUCUCAAUCCCAAAAACAAAAGCAACCAUAAUCCCCUCAACAUACACAACAACCAAACCCCCAGAAUCCUUCCCAACUACCGCAAACGGCACCCUAACCUGGCACACCCUAAUCUCGCAACCGCAAACACCAACCUCAGACCUCUCCGCCGGCAUCGCAGUCUGCCCGCCUCGCACAGGACACCUUUGUCCGCACCGUCAUGUGCAAGCUGAGAUAUACCAUAUCCUAGAGGGAGUGGGCGAGGUUACGAUUGAUGGGGUUGUUAAUAAAGUUGAGGCGGGGAGUACGGUGUUUAUUCCCGGUGAUGCGGAGCAUGGGGUUGUUAAUACGGGACUGGAGGAUUUGAGGUGGUUUUAUGUUUUUCCGACGGGGGCUUUUGGGGAUGUUGUUUAUAGAUUUGAGGAGGGGAAGAGAUUGGCGAAGCUUUAG